AUGAAGUUCUCCGCCUCCGUCAUUGCCCUGGCCACCGCCGUCUCGGCCGCCAGCAACGUCACCUACACCACCGAGGUCGUCACCGCCCUGACCACCUUCUGCCCGGAGGCUACCGUCCUGACCCACGCCGGCAAGACCUACACCAUCACUGAGGCUACCACCCUCACCAUCACCGACUGCCCGUGCACCCUGACCAAGCCUCUGACCACCUCCACCACGGUCUCGUGCACCACGACCCCGGCUGCCCCUGCCUGGACCGUCAGCGCUGCUCCCAGCCCGUACAGCAACGGCACCACCGUUGCCAAGGGCAGCGCCACCGGCUCUUACGUCCCGACCAGCACCCCCUCCACCGUCACUGCCGGUGCCGGUAAGGCUGCUGCUCUGUCGGGCGCCGGUCUGGCUAUGGCUCUCGGUGUGGCUGCUCUGCUGUAA